AUGGUCAUUGAGGAAUCGUUCUGGCGAUUUGGGAAAUGGAUUGAUGUUGUCAUUGAUGAUCUGCUUCCAACAAUUGAUGACAAGCUCAUUUUUGUGGGUUCAAAAACAUCUAAUGAGUUUUGGCCUGCCUUACUGGAGAAAGCUUAUGCAAAGGUGUGCGGAUCUUACGCAGACCUAGAUGGCGGAUUCAUGUCUGAAGCCCUGAUGGACUUCACUGGUGGGGUGCACAUGGAGUUUGUGUUGAAUGAAGCCCCUACUUAUCUGUGGGACAUUAUGGAUUGUGCAGCUAAGUCACAAACCCUCAUGGGCUGUGCUUCUUAUCACGGGGAAACACGUGAAGCUGUGUCACCCAAUGGCAUAGUUGGGGAUCAUGCUUACACUGUGACAGGUGUUUUCAAGGUGAUGAGUGAAGGAAAUCCAGUUCAUCUGGUGAGAGUGUUAAACCCAUGGGGAAAUACAGAGUGGAAUGGAGACUGGAGUGACAAAUCAUCUUUGUGGGACACAGUGAGUAAGCAGGACCUCAAGUGCCGUGAACGUCUUGAAAACGGGGAGUUCUGGACGUCAAUUGAAGAUUUUACCAGAAACUUCGAAAGCUUGGAUAUCUGCUGUCUCUCUCCUGAUUUUCUGGACAGAUCCUCUGGAUGCCAUUGGAAAUCACAAUGCAAUUUUGGCAAAUGGAUUGCUGGGACUACAGCUGGUGGUUCCAUGGACAAUAUGGCGACUUUCUGGAAAAACCCUCAGUUUCGGGUGAGGAUCGAGGAGCUUAGUGAGGACUGUACUCAUGAGGAGGGUGCUGAAAACAUACUGGUGUCGCUCAUGCAGAACCAUGAGAAGAGAACCAGAAGUAGCCAAAAGAACUUCAUGAUUGGUUUCUAUGUUUUUAAGGUGAGAGGUGAGAGUGGGAAGUUCUCAGCUGAGUUCUUUAAUGACAAAACACCUGUGGAAAUGAAGUCUUUCCAAAACUCAAGAGAGGUGAUGGGAUUCUUCUGGCUGGAGCCAGGAGAGUACCUGAUUGUACCGUGCACAGAGAAUCCUGGUCAAACUGCCUCCUUCGUCCUGUCUAUUUUCUCAAAGCAUGAGACACACUUUGAAUAUAUUGAAGAGGCUGAGGAGAAUGAAGACAAUUCCUGAUGUUAGCGAAGCCUGUCACUCAAAAUGGCUACUUGGAGAAAUAAGUCAACUUAUACCUAAUCACGUUUUCUUUGUUCUUUCAUGCUCAGUUCAGAAUGGCUAUUUAGCUUUAUUUUAUUACUCUUUUUCCUCCAAAGAAAUCAAUUUGUGACCACUGUUGACUGCUGUUAAACUAAAGCUAAUGU